CUUCGGUACGGUCCUGAUUCAAAACCCAAGUCCCGAGUGAGGACAAGAAAGGAGUCACGCUUCACGACAGCCUCCUAUCAGUCCUUCCUGGCAGAUGGUGCCUCAGCUCUGAAGAGCCUCAGCACUCGCAGCCACCUUGACAUGCCAUUCAUCAACACCUACCGUGUUCGUGCUUUCCGCUUCACGAUCCUGAUGGAUGAGACUGAAAAUGGUCGCAUAUCCAAGCCAAAUAGGAAGAUAACGCCCGAAAAAGGCAUGAUUGACAGUCUGGAGGCAGACAAAGGCCAGCUGGGAGGCCCUAAAAGCUUGGGCAUGAAGACCUCGGUGUGGUCAGGCGAUGGCGAGGCCAUGGAACAGCAGAAUAUUAUUUGCAUGUAA